UGUUGAUAAGACGAAACAAAUAAGAUUCAAUGUCGAUUAAGUUUUAUAAUUAAAGUUAAUAAGUAUUUUUAAGCAUUGAACUUAAACUAAACUAAGAAAAAUGAAUUCAAAUACGGACUACGAAGGAUGUGACAAAGAAGGUUUAAUAAGAUGUAUAUUCCUAAGCGAAUUCCAUCCCACAGCUGGAUGCAAAAUAAGUUGCCAAGUCCCAGAAGAUUAUGUUUCAAAAAAGAUAUUUGAUGCCAUCAAUGUCUACAUUAUUCCAAAACCUCAAUUGCAACGUUGCAUUCUCACUGUCAAUGCCUUGCGCCUGAAAAUCGUUGGGUAUCCUGUUCGAAUAGAACAUCAAAAGUAUGCCCGAAAUGCGUUUCAUUUUAAUUUGUGUUUUGUUUGUGAUGCUUGGGCAAGAUCAAUUCAAUAUGAACCUGUUGUGAAAAAACUAUCCGAAUAUUUGAUCAUGAUGGAGGAAGAAACUUGCUUCCUAUCAAAGGAAGAAGAUAACAAGCAACGAUUACAAGAACUCUUUGCAACUGUGAUGGAAGAUUUAAACAAAAACAAAGUUACAACUAUUGUUGAGGGUGAUACAACUAUUUAUCUGAAAAUUGUGACUCACAAACCUGACCCGCCAGUGGUAAAAGAUCACAUGGUUCCACUUUUAACAAUUGAAUACAAAACUAUACCAAUCGAAAGUUGGGAUCUCACCACACAGCAGAUUCUACCCUACAUCAACGGCAUCAAUCACAUAGCACAGAUAGCAGCAGAAGCAGAUGUGGAAACGAAUCUUGUCAAAUCAUGCAUUCAAAAUCUAGCUUACUAUAAAGUUGUACACUUAUUGCCAAUUUUAAAAUACAGUAAUGUCUAUAUGUGCACUCAACAUCUCAAGACCUUGAUCCAAAGUUCAGAAUUGACCAAAGCUUGUCGUGAAUAUGUUUCACUUAAUCCAGAGAAAGAAAAAUCCAAACCACCAAUACAGAAAAUAUUCCAAUUUUAUGCCUCAAUGACACAUGGCAUAACUUUGCGAGCAAUUUGCCAACGUUUAUGUCCACAAAAUCAUAAUAUCGAUGAAAGGAAAUUGGUAGUUUUCGGAUUGCAGCAUAAUUUAAUAAGAUGCAUUCAUAAAUAUCCAGUUUUUACGGGUUCGGUUCCGUCUGGACGACAAAAGUUAUACACAGGACUAUGUAAUUUUGAUGAAAUAUGCUGUAAGACUGGAAUGUCUCCAUUUAAUAUUGAAAAAGACAUAGAUAAGGACACUAACGUAACUGUAAUAUUAAAGUAAAUAAAUUCAUUUUUGUAUGU